GGAUACGAAAGAUCUCAAGAUUCCACUCCUCAAUUUCUCAUCUUUGGCUUCCUCGUGACUCUUCUUGAUUUCAUCAAUAAUGGGUUCUGUUAUGAGUUUGAGCUGUUCCAAGAGGAAAGCAACGAGUCAGGACGUGGAGUAUUCAAGCGAAUCUCGUAAAAGGCGAAAGAUAUGUUCAGAGAACGAUGAAGAAGAGUGUUGUAGAUUGAUUCCAAGUCUUCCGGAUGAGUUAUCUAUACAGAUUCUUGCUAGGCUUCCUCGAAUAUGUUACUCGAGUGUUCGGUUGGUUUCUCGGAGGUGGAAAUCGGCUGUUUCGACCUCUGAGGUUUAUAGUUUGAGGAAAGAACUUGGGAGGACUGAGGAGUGGCUUUAUGUGUUGACUAAAGGUCAAGAGGAUAAGCUUUUGUGGUAUGCUUUAGAUCCUGUGUCUACUAAAUGGCAGAGAUUGCCUCCAAUGCCGGUUGUUGUUUAUGAAGAAGAGGCUAGAAGGAGUUUAUCUGGUUUGUGGAAUAUGAUAAGCCCGAGUUUUAAAGUUGCUGAUAUUGUGAGGAGCUUUCUUGGUAGGAAGGACUCCUCUGAGCAAAUGCCGUUUUGUGGGUGCGCUAUCGGUGCGGUUGAUGGCUGUCUUUAUGUUAUUGGUGGGCUCUCUAGGUCUAAAACAGUGAGCUGUGUUUGGCGGUUUGAUCCGAUUUUGAACUCUUGGAGUGAAGUUAGUUCUAUGUUGGCGAGUCGGGCUUAUUCCAAAACAGGUGUAUUGAAUAAAAAACUAUAUGUUGUUGGAGGGGUUGAUCGGAGACGGGGAGGUUUAUCUCCGCUUCAGUCAGCUGAGGUUUACGAUCCAAGCACGGAUGCUUGGUCAGAGGUUCCGAGCAUGCCUUUCUCAAAGGCACAAGUGUUGCCAAAUGCGUUUUUGGCUGACUUAUUGAAGCCUAUUGCCACGGGAAUGACUUGCUACAACGGUAGGUUAUGUGUUCCUCAGAGUUUAUACUCUUGGCCUUUCUUUGUUGAUGUUGGAGGAGAGGUUUAUGAUCCCGAGACAAAUCUCUGGGUUGAAAUGCCGUCUGGUAUGGGUGAAGGUUGGCCUGCGAGGCAAGCGGGUACAAAGCUGAGUGUUGUGGUGGAUGGUGAGUUAUACGCUUUUGAUCCUUCUUCUUCUAUGGAGAACGGGAAGAUUAAAGUGUAUGAUCAAAAGGAAGAUACUUGGAAGGUUGUUAUCGGGGAAGUCCCUGUUUAUGACUUAACAGAUUCAGAAUCUCCUUAUUUGCUUGCUGGGUUUCACGGCAAGCUUCAUUUUAUUACCAGAGACCCUAAUCAUAACGUUACAGUCUUACGAGCUGAUGUCCCCAACAUCCCAGUCUCCUCAUCAUCAGCUAGCUCCAGUUCUGUUUCGGGUUCACGGUCAUUGAGUGAAAAGACCAAUGCACCUAACAAGUCAGACACUGUUACCUGGAAACUCAUUGCAACUAAGGACUUUGGUGCUGCAGAACUUGUUAGCUGCCAAGUCAUAGAUAUAUAAAGUCAUCAAAAGCUUUGCCCAUUUCUCGUGGGACAUUGAGAAUCUCUGUGUACAGCCAGAAGCAAAAAAAGGUUGAAGCUUUCCCAAAGAUAUUAUCGUCUAAUUGUUCGAUGAUACAUUCUUCUGGCAUUUGGCUGCCAAAGUAAGUUUGAGCAAUAAAAUGUUGUGUGACAA